AUGGCUGAUCUAUAUGGAUUUAGCCUAGCCUUGUGCAUGCAUAAGUUCUUUAUGGAGGAAGGACAUAAACCAGUCGCACAACCUCAGCGUAGAUUGAAUCCAAUAAUGAAGGAUGUAGUGAGGAAAGAGGUUAUUAAGUGUCUAGAGCAGGCCUUUGAGUUAUUGAAGAAGAAGCUUAUAGAGGCUCCAAUUUUAAUUGCUCUUAAUUGGGAGCUACUUUUUGAGCUUAUGUGUGAUGCCAGUGAUGUAGCAGUAGGAGCAAUCUUAGGGUUAAAGAGUUCAACACUUGUUGGAGAACAACUGCAUAUUAAAGAAGAAUUUCCAUAUGGGAAGCUAUUGUCCCUAGAGGUGACUAAAUUGUCGUGUUACGCAAAUGUCGUCAAUUACCUGGUUAGUGGAGUAUUUCCUUUUGAUGCAACCUCACAGCAGAAGAAAAAGCUUAUGCAUGAUGUCAUGUUAUACAUAUGGGACGAGCCUUACUUAUUCAAGCAGGGAAUAGACCAAAUAGAAAGAAGGUGUGUGCCAAAAAUCGAGGUGUGCCUAGUGUUAGAUAGUUUCCACUCAUCACCAUAUGGCGGUCGUCAUAGAGGAGAGAAAACUAGGCAUAAGGUGGUGACCAAGUUUCUCAAAAAGAACAUCUUCACUCGAUUUGGCACUCCUAGAGCAAUUAUCAGCGAUGGAGGAUCACACUUCAUAAAUCAAACAGUGAAGAAUCUCUUUGCUAAGUACGGGGUGAGGUAUAAAGUGGCUACAACAUAUCAUCCACAAACCAGUGGGCAGGUCGAGUAUCCAACAAUAGGUGAAGCAAAUAUUAUAAAAGACUGGAAAGCACAAAGGAAAGAUUGGUCAAAGAAGUUAGAUGAAGCACUUUGGGCAACUGAAUGGCAUACAAAACACCCAUCAGGGCCUUUUCAUAUCAGAUGGUAUUUGGUAAAGCAUGUCACUUGUCGGUUGAAUUACAAUACCGAGCAUAUUGGGCAAUCAAGAAGCUGA